UUUGACUUCUUCUCUGACUUCAUUAGGGAGAAUGUGGAGCCACUUGAUCAAACUGUUCUUUUGGGGUACUUUUCCCUUGGUCACAUGUAAGAAUCACAUAUCAUUUUGAGGCUUGACUCUCCAAACCAAAACAUGAUGUGGAAAAAGAGUUUUCUCGUGUUCCUUUUCUCUCUUUCAAUUCAAAAUGCAGUAUUGGACGAUGACAGGACAAAGAAAACAGAUGAAUGCCCUUCACCUAGAUUGUCAUCGCAAACCACUGUGGUCACAAAGGGUCAAAAUGUAUCUCUGAUUUGCUCCAUCGAGAAAAAAUCUCAGACAAUCAUGUACUAUUUUUAUCAGGGUGACAAAUACCUGAGAACUAAAGAUAAUGGUGAAUCCAAUAUUUUCAACUUAAGGAUCUCAGAAGCCCGUGAUUUGGGCCCCUACAAAUGCAAAGUCCAAGAUUCUAUAUCUUCAGUUUACCGCUGCUCAAAAUACAGUCCUGACUUCAACUUCACAUUACUAGACCCAGUGGCCACCCCAGUCCUGAACAUCAGUGUCAUUCAGACAGAAGCAGGCCUAUAUAUAACACUACGCUGCAUCUCGCCCAACGGCUCAUUGCCCAUCAAUUAUACUUUCUUUGAAAAAAAUGCCGCCAUAUCACCAGCUAUUUCCAAAGAUGUAAGACAGCCUGCUGAAUUUAACUUCACCAAGAAGAGCACCCAAGGAGAUGAAGAGUAUAGGUGUGAAGCUAAAAACAGAUUGCUUAACAAUGCAAAAUACAGUCAGUACAGCCCUAUUCCCUUAACAGAUGGAGACGGCUGUGCUCUCUGCCUACAGCUACUGCCUGUGGGGUUAUUACUGGUGCUAAAAGUGAUAGCCCUAAUCCCGGCAUGUUGGAUACUACCAAAAUACAAAGCAAGAAAAGCUAUGAGAGACAAUGUGCCCGAGGACUACGGACAUACGCCUAUGGAAGUUGGAGAAUAUGAAAGUAUGUAUAAAAACCAAGCAGGUGAAGAUCUAACUGCUUUUCCCUCUUCACCUCCCAUGUCUACCUCUGGUUAAGAUUUCAAAGUUGCCUUUGCAACUGGCACACCAGUGUGGAGGAAUAGCUGGAUUGGCACAAAAGAUAUUCUGUGUCUCGGCACUGUCAUCGUCUAGCCAGCUGAGGGACGUUGGGCAGACUCCUUCGUCUCGCUGAUCCACAGCACACUGACCUGUAGAAUGGGGCCGUGGGAGACACUGCCACAACUGAGGUGGGAACUACGUGAUAAGGGUCAGGCUCCUGUGCCUCCCUCCAUGUCUAGAGAAAGCUCUAGUUCAGAGAAGCCAGGGAUUCAACUGACAGAAAACUUGAGAAGAGAUGCCAAAAUGUACACAUCUUGUACAUUUUUUAAACUUGUCUCCCAUUCCCAUGAAAAGCCUAGGUUCUUGCAAAAGUGAAAUUAAUAUUCUUGAUUACUGGCCUGGGCUAGAAUAGCACUCAGCUGGAUAAUUUACUGUCUCACGAAGAGAUUACAAAGCUUCUUACAGACUCUUCUCUUCAGCAAAGGAAAAUAUGCCUGGCCAUCUCAAGCAUACUCUGAUAGGUAAAGGAUGUUACUCACAGAGCCCAGAAAAUAAUCGUAAGGGCUUCUGUGUUCUCAGUGAUCCUUCAUUUGACAAUAGUUAGUCUGCUGGAGCAGGUCACGCUUUCUUUCAGAACUUGGGGGGACUCUACUCACUGGCAGAGAUGGAAAAACGUGGUUGAACUGAUUUAAUUGAAUAGUUCUGUAUCAAGUUAUGUCGGAAAAUCUUUGAGAGAUAAUGUGUCCAGGGACUAUGGAGAUACGCCCAUGGAAGUUGCAGAACAUGCAACUAUCUAUAAAAACCAAGCAGGUAUGGGCUCUUACAUUUUGGUUGAUUGGUUGGUUGGUUUUCAUUGUGUGUGUGUAUGUGUGUUUAUAGUAAUAUAGACACGAGUAAAAAGCAAAUAAAAAGAAUAGCUUGCAAUGACUCUCUCCCACCCCUGAUGCCCAGCUCUGCUCUCCACGGGAAACAACAAGUUUUUUAUAUCCUUCCAGAUAUUCUAUGCGUGUGCAAGCAUCUAAACAAAUGGUAGCAUAUCAUAGAUAUGCUUUUCUACACCUUGAUUUUUCACUUAACAUCAUAUCUUGCAGUUUUUUAAAUAUCAUUUCAGAGUAAUCCACACCCUAUUCCAGGGUCUUCUAUGGUCACCGCUUAGAACAGACAUCACACAUUGCUUUGGGGUAAAUGAAACCCAGGACCUUGCUAACAACAAGAACAAUCCCAGCCAACACGGACUCAGCACCCACCACGUUCUGGGUGCAGUGCUAAGCAACUCGCCUUCAUUGAAGAAGAAACAAGCCCGGUGAGGAUGAGAGAUGUGCCAGAGACAACUGGCCAAGUUAGCAGAGGAGCUACAAGACUCUCCCACAGCUCCUGAGGGCUCUCAUCUGAGACUCCUUCCUUUGCCAAAAUCAGACUGUUUUCCCAAAGAAACAUACCAGUUAAAAAAAAAAAUGCUCUGAAAUUUCAUCUCUUUCAAGCCCUGUUGAUCACUCUUCAUUGUACCAUGUUCUCUUACCUCUUACCUUGGCAUAUGCUGUUCCCUCUGCUUGGAAUGCCCUUCCCUGCUUCUUUGGCCAUCUAACUCCCCAGGGAAGAUUGCUGACCCCUCCCUCCCAGUGGUUCAGAUGCCUUAUUUUUGGCCUCCCACAGACCUUAUCAUGCCGUAACGCAGUAACACGAAGAAGCGGUGUGAGAAAAGGCUCUUCUAAACCCAGACUGGCUAUGUGACCAUGGGGAAAUUACUUAACCACUCUGAGCCUCAGUUUUCUCAAAGGCAAGACAAGACAAAUGAUAGAACCUGACUUAUAAUACAGCCUUCCCCAAAUCUAUAGAGAUAUUCUGUGAGGCUUAGGUGUUAACACACAUAAAACAUGGUUAGUGCCCAGCAAACAUUAGCCACUAAAGAAUGAACUCUCUUAAAGCAGGGACCAUCAACUAGACUAGCCCCAGAUCCAGAUGCUUCAGCCCUCUGUGGGUGUUCAGCAAAUGUGUGUCCAACCAAUGCUGAAUUCAUGGGAGGCUGCUUUCCAGCUACUAUUUAUGUACCAGGCCCCGUGCUAGGCACAUUAACACACAAUAUUGCAUUUUGUUAGGUCACUCCAAGACUGGGCCCAAGUAGCCAAGGCCUGGCAUUGCCACCAUAGUGCGCAGUGUCCUUGAAUAGCCCCCUGACGACCUGACAUCCCGUCCAACCUCCUGUCCUGCCCUGCCCUAGGGACCUAGAAAGGGUGCCUCCUCUCAGUGAAGGCCGGAUAGCUCUCAGCCUCCCCAGGGCUGGUUCCUCAUGUGAUCUGUAAACACCACAAGAUGAAUAUCCACAUACCUGCAAGCCAGAGGCCACUCUGAUGGCAAAAGGCAAACCCCUCAUUGGGCAGCCAGUCUCCCAUGCAUUACCAGUUUAAAAAGUAAAACCAAACUCCUCAUGCAAAUACUCAGAUUUUUAACUAAGUUAACUGUGUAACGGAUACCCUGGUGGCAUAGUGGUUAAGAGCUACGGUUGCUAGCCAAAAGGUUGGCAGUUCAAAUCCACCAGGUGCUCCUUGGGAACUCUAUGAGGCAGUUCUACUCUGUCCUAUAGGGUCCCUCGGAGUUGGAAUCAGCUCUAUGGCAACGGGAUAACUGUGUAACAGCCAAGUAUUUCCAGUUCAAAAUAUUUGUUGUUUUUAGGUACUGUCAAGUCCGUUCCCACUUAUAGCAACCCUAUGUAAACAGAACAAAACAUUGCCUGGUCCUGCACCAUCGUCACCAUCAUUGCUAUGUUU